AUGGUAGCUGGUGGGACCGACACUACUGCGAUAUCCGUUGAGUGGGCAACGGCUGAGCUUAUGAAUAGUCCCGCAGUAAUGAAGAAGGCGCAAAAAGAAUUAUCCGAUGUCGUGGGACUGAACAACAUGGUCGACGAAUUACACAUCCCAAAAUUGAAAUAUUUGGAAGCAGUUGUGAAAGAAACAUUGCGCUUACAUCCAACAAUAUCUCUCUUGAUUCCGAGGUCUCCAUCCAAAUCAUCCACCGUGGGAGGGUACACCAUACCGAGGAAAACCAUGGUCUAUUUAAAUGUUCGAUCGAUCCAAAGAGAUCCUUCGAUUUGGGAUAGUCCACUAGAAUUCAAGCCGGAGAGAUUUCUUCUUGAUGAUGAAAAUAGUAAAUGUGAUUUUAGAGGUAAUCGUUUUCAUUAUCUCCCGUUUGGAUCGGGGAGAAGGAUAUGUGCCGGCAUUCCGCUUGCCGAGAGACUGCUAAUGUAUUUGCUUGCUACACUUUUGCAUUCUUUCGAUUGGGAGAUACCAAACGGCGAAACACUUGAUAUGUCCGAGGCGUUGGGGACCGCCCUGAGAAAAGCUACACCGUUGGUUGGUAUUCCCAAUCCGAGGUUCACUUGUUAG